AUGGAGACGAAUUACACGGACAAGGAUCUCCACGAGAUCGAGGAUGAGCUCCACAUCGAGAUUUUGCCGGGCACGGAGAUCAUGCGGGAUGUCGGUUCGCACCACUUCGUGAAGUCUGGCGACACGACGCACCGUGUGCUCGUCCCACAGCCCACGGACGACAGGCACGACCCGCUCAACUGGACCGGAUGGUGGAAAGCCUCGGCCAUCACUGUCACCACGUACAUCACCUUCGUCCAGGGCUUUGGGCCCCUCGCACUGGCACCGCAGUUCGAAUACUACAUGGAGGACUUCAAUUGCAGCUUGGCCGACGCGAUUCAGUUCACUGGUGUCUGUAUUCUGGUCUUGGGUUUCAGCAACUUCAUCUGGGUUCCCAUUAGCUCUUCGUUCGGCCGCCGCCCCGUGCUCUUCUUCUCGACGCUCAUCUGUUUCGCCUCGUCCAUCUGGCGCGCCGAAGCCAAGACGUACGGCAGCUUCAUGGGCGCAUGCGUUGUCAACGGCAUUGGCGCCGGUCCUGCCGAAACAAUGCAGCCCGCAAUCAUCGCCGACAUUUUCUUCCUGCACGACCGCGGAAAGUGGAACACGUUGUACUGGGUCGCAUACAUGGGGUCGCUGAUGGUUGGCCCGAUCAUUUCCGGCUCGAUGGCGCUCCACGUCGGCUGGCGCAGCUUCUGGUGGCUCAACACGGGGCUGCUCGGACUGGGCUGCCUGCUGGUCGCCUUCUUGUACCCAGAGUCCAAGUUCCCCCGGCCGCACGACCACGUCCACCCGCCGGCCAAGGCCGUCUCCCCCGCCGCCUCCACCACCGAGGAGAAGGACAACGCUACGACCAUCGAAUUCGCGUCGCCCAGCGGCGACGGCAUCGCCCAAGUCCCGACCGCGACCUCGACCGCCGCCGCCAACGCCGUCGACCUCGAAGCCACACCCACCGCGCAACGCGACCCAUGGCUUGGCCGCGGCACACCCUCAAAGAAGCAAUGGGGCAUCUACCAAGCAAACGCGCACCCAUGGCGCAGCAUCUUCCUCGACCUGUGGAUCCCAUGGAAGCUGUUCGCGUUCCCGAUCGUCGAGUUCGCGUCCUUCGUCGUGUCGUGGUCGUGCUCGUCCUUCCUGGCCAUCAACCUCACCCAAGUCCAGAACUUCGCCGCGCCUCCUUACGGCUUCUCCUCCGAGGUCAUCGGCUUCAUGAACUUCGCCAUCCUCGUCGGCGCUUUCAUCGGCCUCUUCACCGCCGGCCCCCUGAGCGACUGGGUCGCGGCGAAGCUGACGGCGCGGAAUGGCGGCAUCAGGGAGCCCGAGAUGCGUCUGCCCGCGAUGAUUCCGUACGUGCUGAUUAUGAUUUUGGGCAAUGUGUGCGUCGCGGUGGGGUACGAUGACAAGUGGCACUGGGCGCCUAUCGUUAUUAUUGGGUAUGCGUGCGCGGGUAUACAGGUCGCGGCGCUGCCGGCCAUUGCGAGUACCUAUGCUGUGGACAGCUACAAGCCUGUCGCGGGAAGCUUGUUCGUCAGCAUCACGGUGAAUAAGAAUCUGUGGGGUUACGGGUUCAGCAAGUUUAUCACGCCGUGGAGCGAGGAGGUUGGAUUCAUCCCACCGAUCAUGACCAAUAUGGCACUCAUUACGUUCUUCUCGGGUUGCGGUAUCAUCUUCUACUUUUACGGAAAGACGAUGCGGAGGUGGAGCAAGAACAGCAACGUGCACAAGAUGGAGUAG